AAAACACAAUGAACAAUCGUAUAAAAAUGACAGAUUCGAAAUUCAAAUGUAAUAUUUUUUUAUAAUUAAGUGUAACAGUAUUUAUGGCCAGACUAAGUAUGAUGUAAUUUACUUAUAAUAUCACUAUAAAUACAAGGUAUACAUUAAUGUUGAUCCAUAAUCUUAAGAACUAUCCUUGCAGCAUCGACAUCAUGUGAAAUUGCGUUUCUGUUUCCCUUUCCCCUCACUUCAGUCCCUACUCAGGGCGCAGCGCAGCGCUUGCGGUCAGUCCAAAUACAAUCUAGAUCAAAGUCAGUUUAAUAUCAGCCCUGUAUUAUAUACUGUCCCACUGUUGGGUACGGGCCACCUCUACUAUUGAGAGGGAAUAGGCCUUAGUCCAUCACGCUGGCCUAGUGCGGGUUGGCAGACUUCACACACCCUCGAAAAUUCGUAAUAGAGAAUUAGCAGGUAUGCAGGUUUCCUCACGAUGUUUUCCUUCACCUUUAAAGCAAGCAACGUCAGUUAGACUUGUAUCAAUUAACCAUGAUUGAGUAAUUAACAAUGCAAUUUUUAACGAUACAUUUUCACUUAUCGUUUAUUAACCGAAUUUGCAAGUUAUUUUUUCAUUCAAGAAUAAUUAGUAUACUUUAAUAUUAUUGUUCCCAUACAAUCUUUUUCAAAAUCUGUUGGAUAGAUGGCUUUAAAGGUAUAAUUCGGAUUACUGUCUUAAUCCAUCCAUAUUAAAGGGAUUUUUAAGUCUACGUAAGGAGUAUAUUUUGAUCUUAGUUCCUACUACUAUCCUACUAGUGUACACGAAGUAUUAAAUAAAGUCCUUAAAUAUUUUUACGAGGUAAGUUUCAUUUAAAUACUGAUCUUACCCGAUCUUCCGACUACCGAUGUUACCCCUCACGGGUAACACUGUAAAUAUUUGAAGAACAUUAUUGAUUUAUAUGUACAUACACAUAUAAAUCAACAAAAUUUGGUACUUACCACAGCCUAAAAAAACGAAACAAGUAAUUAUUUGACACGUCGUGUAUAAACAUUACAAAAACUUGCAUGAUUUGCAAAUGCAAGAUCGAAUGAUUUUAAUCCGUUCUUCAACAAUAAAUAAUUUUGGUGUAAACAUCGAGUUCAGCGCAUAGACAUGUUUCGACAAUUUAAAUAAAGCUUAAAGAUUUUUUACCUUAAGAUACCAUAUAGGUCGAAAAUCAAUUAAAACAGUAAACAGAUUCAUGCAUAGAGUUAGUCCGGAUCUUCAAGAAAACGGCGAUAUAAAUGUAUUGUGUUUAUCGGUACCGUUAUCUCAUAAUACUUAUCGGAAUCACUCACGUCAACUAGCGGGAUGUACGUAACAAGCAAGACUCACAGGAAAUGUUUCCAGAACACAAAAAUUAUAAAACAAUAGCUUGUUAUACGAUUUAUACGAUGUUACCCCGCAUCUACCGAGCUAGGCUCUUGCAGACGCAAGACCUACCACUAGCCUUACAAUGCAUUUAACUAGUUUUAUAAAAAUAGGCAUGUCCCUAGGCUAGCUUUGACAGUCGGUAUCAUUAUAAUUUUCAGCUAUUAUUUUAAAAAUCUUAAUAUUAUAAUAACAUCUUAUCUAGAAAUUUCCAAAAUCUAAGUCAUAACACCAGUGCAUUUAGAUAAUAGAACGAAUAACGAUAAAGCCCUCUAUAUAAUGGAUGGUCAGGAUCCAGUAUUUGGAACACGAGACAAUGAAGUGGUUCAUACUAGUGAGCUUAGUUGUGGCUGUAGUGGCUGAGGAAGCUGGCGAGCUGCCCUCAGCUGAGCCUUGUGAUGUGGAGGCGUGCAAGCUGCCGGAAUGUAGGUGCUCCACCACUGACAUCCCUGGAGGAUUGUCCCCAAGGAACACUCCCCAGUUUGUCUCCCUAACCUUCGACGAUAGCGUCAACAUUCUCAACAUGGAGACCUAUCGAAGACUGAUCUUCAACCGUCGCAACUCCAACGGCUGUCCUGCCGGCACCACGUUCUACGUGAGCCACGAGUAUACCAACUACCAGCUCAUCAACGAGCUGUACAACCGCGGGUACGAGAUCGCGCUCCACUCCAUCUCACACCGUGUGCCGCAGACCUGGUGGGCCACCGCCAGCCUCGAGGAGCUCAGGCAGGAUAUUGGCGAUCAGAAGGAACAGAUGGCUCACUUCGCUAACAUCCCUGCAAAUCAAAUUAAAGGUGUCCGUCUUCCCUUCCUGCAAAUGAGUGGAAAUACGAGUUUCCAAGUAAUGAAAGAGUACGAGCUUCUCUACGACCACUCCUGGCCCACCGCGUCCCUUAGGGACCCUGGUCUCUGGCCCUACACUCUGCACCAUGAAUCUACCCAGGAUUGCUUCGCACCUCCUUGCCCUACCGCUUCCAUCCCCGGACCCUGGGUGUUCCCCAUGAUAACCUGGAUUGAUCCCAAUGGAUUCCCAUGUUCUAUGGUGGACGCUUGCACUAGCUUCCCCGAUCGUGAGGACGAGAACGCGUGGUUCGCGUUCAUAAUGCAGAACUUCGAGCGGCACUACUUCGGGAACCGCGCGCCCUUCGGCUUCUACGUGCACGAGGGCUACAUCAGGGCCUAUCCGGCUGUCGAAAGGGCACUAGCGCGAUUCCUGAACGUCAUUAACCAUCUCAACGAUGUAUUUAUGGCGAAUGCUGUCGAUAUCGUUGAAUGGGUGAAGAACCCAGUGCCAGUGAACGAAUACAGAGCGAGACCAUGUAAGAGCGUCACGCCUUCCUUCUGCCCGGCGAGUAGUUGCGGUCCUUUAAUCGGACAGCACAACCAGAUGAGCUACUGGAUACCGAUCUGCAAUGUCUGUCCUGCCAACUACCCUUGGGUGGGAAAUCCACUCGGACGUUAAUAUAGUCACUAGACAUUAAUAUAACAUCUUUAAUAAUAAGUUUUAUAUCGAAGUUGAAGAUAUAGUCAUCGUUAAUGAGACUGCAACAAGACUCAUUACAGACAAAAGUUAAUAAUUGAGAUUUAUUACUAUUUCUGUAUUGUUUUUAAUAAAUAAAUCUGUAAUACUUU